AUGAACAUCUUUGUAUUACGGCGUAAGACCGACCAAGAUUACUGCCUGAAGCCCUUCUGUUCCAUUCGCCAGUUUAAUGUCUUCCUAACUGUCAGUUCACUUCACCAAACCGACAAAGUAAAAGCAUAUUUUCUUAUUGGAACUCUAGCUGAGCUGAGAUUCUUCAAUCUAUCUACACUUCUUCUUGUGUCAUCAGGUCAUGUUGCUGAUGAUGGCGAGAGAAAGGCUUACAUCGUUUAUAUGGGAAAUGCUUUGAAAAGCAAAAGUCUAGCUGUGGAGCAUCACCAUGGCUUGCUUUCUGAAGUUACUCAAGAUGAGGAAGUUGCUCGACAGUCCAUAAUUCACAGCUAUGGGAAAAGUUUCAAUGGAUUUGCUGCAUAUUUGACGCCAGAUGAAGCUGCAAGAUUACGAGAGAAUGAAAAUGUGGUUUCCGUGUUUCCAAACAGUCAAAUGCUUCGGGGUUUUCCAGGAAUUUAUAUUGAUGCUCCAAGCUUUGAUGACAAAGGAUUUGGACCACCUCCAUCAAAAUGGAAAGGCGUCUGCCAGACAGGAGGCAACUUUACCGGCUGCAACAAGUAA